CUGUCACAUGGAGCUCCUGGAUAUGGCGGUCUCCGGCAGCUGGCAGCCUCCCCGGCCGUGCGAAGUCUACCGAGCCGAGUGGGAGCUCUGCCGCAGCGCCGGGCACGUCCUGUACCAUUACUAUGUCCACGGAAAGCCGCCGGACUGCAGGCAGUGGCUGCGCGACCUGGCCAACUGCCGGGAGUGGGAGGAAAGCCGUAGCGUGGAGGCCCAGCGAUCCCUCUGUGAGAGCGAGCAGGCACGGGUCCAGGCUGCACAGAAGCACACCUUGGUAUGGGCCUUGAGGCAGAGCCCCCCUGAAGACUGGAACCUUCCUCUGCCACAGGAGAAGGACAAGUGAUGAGUGGCAGAAGGACAGGUGAUGAGUGACAACCAACUGCAACCUUGGCCCUGACCUGGACUUUGACUAGCUCCCACUUGACUGGAACCCAGAGCAAAGCAUUCCCAGCUGUUUACUUCCCACCUGCAUUGGGGCAUCUCAUCACUUUGAUACUCUGAAAGACACUUGUGUCUGUAAUUACAGGUAGCCAAGCACUGUGGCAGGUACCUGUGAACAGCCAGGUUGGUCAGCCUAUCCAUGCCACAUCUCCUGAGAACAACCAUACUAGAGGUGGCAAUCCUGAGGUAUGAGAACCUCAAGUACGUAGUGGCAGCCUUGGCCUGUGUAGAUACAAACUCAGAAUGAGUUUGCUAAACAGUUCUACUGAGAAUGGCUCUCUUUGACCAUGAGAAGUGGACUUCAGUGUCUUGGGUUUGGUGAUUACUGUGUUCUCCGAAUGUGGAGCUCAUACUUCCCCGGUGAUGCCAUGAGAAGGGCAACUUGCCCCUCUGCACCAGCACCUCUAAUGGUUUUGCAGACUUUUAAAAAGAAACACACAGCGUUGCAGGAACUACCAAGUCUGGGGUUAAGAAAUCCAAGUCCCAAGGCGGAGAGAGACAGAGUCUAGGUCCAAGGAAUAUGGGAUUGGGGCCUCCUGAUUUCUUGUUGUUAAUGUAUUAAAAGCCGUUUCACAUGUUUGAUUCCAAAAGCAACCUGAAA